AUGAAUGAAUCAACAUUAUCCGCCUUCAUGGCUGUUCCGCAAUAUCCCAAUGCUCCCAACGACGCCGCUAGAGUCUCGGUGACGGAGAUUGUCAACGCCGUGAUAGAGCCCGGUGACUAUGCCCGCCAUGAUCGUGCAUCCGAUCAACUGACUCCUCGACUCACCUCGUCUUCUCCGCCAGGGGAUUCGUAUGCCUCCGAUUCGGAAAUGACCGAUGCGCUGUCGGAGGUGGGUGGCGUCCCGCUGGCCCCAUAUUUAGACCCAGAGUCCAAUUUCCACGGCUUAAUAUAUACAUAUGAGAAUCACCCCACCAUAUCAGAUGUUAUCGACGAGGACGCGGAGGACUACGAGGAUCAAGAGGAAGACGAGGUUGAUGAGAUUGACGAGGACGAUGAGGAUCACGAAGUUGUUGGAUACGAAGACGAACCGAUCAACUUGAUCAUGGAUUACGAACCCCCUGUCGUGGUAAACCGCCCUACCACCCUGCCCAUGUUGGACGAUGACCCUGACGACACGUACAAGUUUUAUAUGGACGAGGGCGAUGAGGAAUUGGACAUGGAGGAUGCUGAGGCGCGGGCCCGUCGCAGCACUACCAACCUGUCGGAUGUCGACUUGGACGAGUUUUAUCAAGGGUUGGACUCGGGCUACACGACGCAGUUCUCGGAAAUUAUUACCGGCCCCGCCCACGAUGACUACAAUGCUUCGUUUUCAGAGGAGGAUGACUUGAGCGGCAUGGAUGCGCCGAUCGAACAACAUGUUGCGCCGGUCGAUCAACAUGUUACAGAUCCAGCUGGAGGCAUGGUCAAAGAGCGGAAUUUGACGAUUGAUCAGUUCAUCGGACAAUGGCUAUACCAGUGUAAUUCACCUUCGAUACCAGGAUAUCUCAUCGGUGGUGCCUCGUUGUCAAGUCCUGGUGUCGAUAGCCUACUUGCUUGGAUGCCGCCGGCCAAGAUCGUGCGGCCGGCCGGGUACAGAUGGGACUUUUAUGAUAUUCAGCAGAUCCCCUGGCGGGACGCUAUGCAAGUCCGACGAGCCUACGCGCGGGGAAUGCGCGACCAGUCGUACACUUCGUAUCAUAACCUGGAGUAUUCGCGUCAACAGCCUGGCGCGAGACUUCCACGACACGAAUACUAUUUCCGAGAAAAGGCCAUGUAUACGAAACACAAAGCCACGAUUCAACAUUUCCAGCUACGCAAUCUCAUGUCAGCGGCGACGUAUAACACGUUACACUUUGCGCACGAAUUCAAGAUCUAUUCAUGGGUGCCGGCCUACGAUGACCUGCGAUGCAUGAUCGAUUUAUCGAAACCGAGCGUGGAAUCAGGAUUGCAGGGUCCUGUGAAGAUUUCCACCAUGCGGUCGGCGCAUGACAUUACUAUAGCAGGGGGAUUCGCGGGAGAGUACGCCUUACGAGCGAUGGGCACGGAUGGGCCCGGAAUCGCGGGGUAUGUCACGCAAGACCCCAAUGGCAUCACAAAUCACAUCGACAUCGUUCCGAGUCGCAGCAGCGGAUCGCCAUUGGGGGUCUUUGCGUCCAACGACCGGCACCUGCGGGUGCUGGACUGCGAGACCAACACGUUUGUCGCGGACUUCGAGCUUUCGCGCGCAAUCAACUGCACUGCGACAGCACCGGAUGGACGUCUCCGGGCGGUGAUCGGCGACUCGCCGGAGGCUUGGGUGGUGGAGGCCGACAGCGGACGGCCAGUGCAUCCCCUCCGGGGCCACCGCGACUUUGGGUUCGCGUGUGCGUGGUCGCCCGACAUGCGACAUAUCGCAACGAGCAACCAGGAUAAGACGGCCAUCAUCUGGGAUGCCCGGAUGUGGCGCAUGCUGCAGAAGAUUGAGUCGGAUGUGGCGGGCUACCGGUCGCUACGAUUCUCGCCCGUUGGCGGUGGGUCGCGGACCCUGUUGCUGACUGAGCCCGCCGACCGGAUUACGAUUGUCAACGCGCAGACGUACCAAAGCCGUCAGGUGCAUGACUUCUUUGGGGAAAUCGGCGGGGCAGACUACUCGCCGGACGGCAGUACGAUCUGGGUAUCUAACACGGACGAUCAUUUUGGGGGAUUCAUGGAGUACGAACGCCGACAAUGGGGACAACGAUAUGGGCCGCAGGGGUUGGCGAACGAAUGGAUGCGGGAAACGGAGUUGGAUGAGGACGAGCGAUGCGUACUGAGUGAGCGAGAGCGGCAACUGCGAUUCUGGUGGAAUAUGAGUGACCAGGAGCAUGAGGAGUUGAUCCUUUAA